UGCGGAUGGAUUAGUCUACCGACCCCUUUCAAGAGGAUAACACAGCGCCGUUUGCACUGAGGGGCUCAUAGAAGUGCGGACACUUAAUACUGCGCUCUAAGUCAUCUACCUGGGCAUUUGGCUGUCAAAAAAAAAGUAAGCGGGGCUACUUGGAGUGACUUGCCUGUGAUUGACAGCCCUAGCCACGCCCCCUUUCCUCCAUUCCUAGUCGCAGCUCAGUGUUCGGUGCAUGGAACCCAUCCGAUAGCUGAGGCAAGUUAAGACUUUGCGUGUAACUGCGGAGGGACGCAACCUUCAGCCGCUUUACCGUCUCGUUCCCCCGGGACUCCCCCACUAACCUUUGAUUCCGAAGCUCCGCGGAGAAGCUUUCAAUGAGCCCCCAGCACAGACCACUGUAACUACAGAAGAGAAAAAGGGGGGACGCAUACUUCGCUUCCCCCUCGCAGAUUAGAGGAAAAUGAUCGGACGGAUUUGUCUACUGGUUGCUUUUGCUUGCCUUGCUGCUGACUUGGUGCAAGCGGGAGUGAAAAAGUCCUAUCAGGGGCCAUGUGCAGGACGAGAUUGUAGCGGGGGCUGCAAAUGUUUUCCAGAGAAAGGCGCUCGGGGUCGACCAGGGCCGCUUGGACCUCAGGGACCAAUGGGUCCCCCAGGAUUUCCAGGGCCGGACGGAGUCACUGGAGCAAAGGGUGAAAGAGGAUCACCAGGGUCUCCUGGACCAUCUGGAUUUAAGGGAGACCAGGGGCCUAUGGGAGUGCCAGGGUUCCAAGGCGCUAAUGGAAUUCCAGGUCACUCUGGCCAGCCCGGUCAUAGAGGCUUGCCUGGACUUGAUGGUUGCAAUGGUACGAGUGGAGAUGAAGGCUUUUCUGGAUCUAAUGGGUUCCCUGGAAGUCCUGGAUUACCGGGUCCUUCUGGUCCAAAAGGUCAAAAAGGGGAACCAUCCUUUUUCACAGGUGAAAUAAAAGGACCAAGGGGUGAAGAUGGAUUACCUGGACUUAAUGGUGUCCGUGGACCAAUUGGACCCCCUGGACCUCAAGGAUUGCCUGGGCCAUCUGGAAUUCCUGGUCUACCAGGUCCAUCUGGUCCAGCCGGCAAUCCAGGCCCAAAAGGAAAUAUGGGUGUUGGUUUUCAAGGAGAGAAAGGAGAAAAGGGAGAUGUUGGGCCAAUUGGUCCUCCGGGCGAAGCACCUAUAACUGGCGAACCGGUGACUGAUAUAUAUAAAGGAGUUAAAGGAGAGGAGGGUGAUCCUGGACCAAAAGGAACUGUGGGGCCACCUGGGUUCCCUGGACCUCCGGGCUUUGGAGGCAGAGGAGAGAAAGGCGAGAAAGGAAUUCUUGGACUUCCCGGUGGAAGGGGUUUGCCGGGAUCUGAUGGAACCGAUGGAUUUCCUGGUAGAAAGGGGGACCGUGGGCUUCCUGGUUUUAUAGGACUUGAUGGCUUCAAAGGCGGGAAGGGAGAGCAAGGCGACAUUGGUUUCCCUGGUCUUCCUAUUUAUGUAGAUGAUGAGGGCGUUGCAAUUCCAGGUCCACCUGGAGAUCAAGGACCUCCUGGGUUUCAAGGGAUGCCUGGUGAUGAAGGCCUCCGUGGACCUCCUGGCCUCCCGGGGCAACCUGGGUUUCCAUCAUUUGAAGGAGGUAUUCCUGGAUUGCCUGGAUUUCCUGGUGUUCGGGGAGCUAAAGGAGAAAAAGGGAACCAAGGAAGACCAGCAUAUGGCUUACCAGGACCUCCAGGAAAAGAUGGCGCACCGGGAGAGCCUGGCCCUCCAGGACUGCCUGGGCCUCUUUCCCCUUCCUCAGGAGGACUACAGGAUCCUGAACCAGGGUUACCGGGAGGAAAAGGAGCACGAGGACCACCUGGUAUAAUUGGACCCAAGGGAUUUAAAGGUGCUGAUGGUGACUGUGCUUGUGAAGGAGGCUUUGAAGGCAAAGGAAGCCCAGGACUCCCUGGGCCCCCAGGUCCAAAAGGGAAUGAUGGAUUUCCUGGGCUUGAUGGCCUACCUGGUGAUCCAGGAAGGAUAGGCCCUGGAGGGCUACCCGGACCAUCUGGGUCUCUUGGACCACCUGGUGCCCCAGGUCUUAAAGGAGAGAAAGGAGAACCCGUAUUUCCAAGUGGCAGAGGGGCUCGAGGAGACCCUGGCUCUGUAGGACCUAGAGGUACCCCAGGUCUGAGUGGAAAACCAGGAAGAGAUGGACUUCCAGGACAACCAGGACGUCCAGGACCACCUGGUGAGGGUGGACCUGGGAUUCCUGGUGAGAAAGGUUAUCCAGGGCAACCUGGCCAGAAGGGCCGUCGAGGGGACAGUGGACCCGCAGGUAUUGGCUUUCCAGGCUCCCCAGGAUCUCGUGGUCUUCCUGGUGACCCAGGUCAAGCAGGAUUUCCAGGACAGCCAGGACCUCCAGGAGAACCAGGUGACUGCUGCUGCGGGGCCAAUGUUGGUAAUGGAGACUUAGUCACAAAGGGAGGGAUGACAUUGCCUUGCAUCAUUGCUGGAGAGUCUGGCGCUCCGGGAACUCGUGGCACCCCAGGAACUCCAGGCCGUAAAGGUGAUAAAGGAUUCCCAGGAAUCCCAGGACAGCGUGGAUUUGAUGGCACCAAAGGACAACCGGGCAGCCCAGGUUUUGGAGGAGUACCAGGUCCACCAGGAUUUCCAGGCCCACGUGGAGAGGAAGGUCCUCCUGGGUUCCCUGGCUUGGAUGGUCUUGAUGGACGUCCUGGAAAGAUUGGGAUCCCUGGGUCACCAGGUGUGAAAGGAAUACGUGGAGACGUUUUGGGAGCUGAACCUGGUGCUCCCGGUGAGCCUGGGCGACGUGGAAUCACAGGAGACAAGGGAAUUCCAGGAGAUUCUGGCUUCCCAGGGCAGAAAGGUUUUGAUGGAAGACCUGGUCUGAUGGGUGCUAAAGGUGAACAGGGCAAUUCAGGUUAUCCUGGUAGCCCAGGCCCCAGAGGACCUCCUGGAUUUGGAGGGGAAAUGGGCAUUAAAGGAAAACAAGGUUCUGUUGGAGAAAUUGGAUACCCUGGAUCACCAGGUUUCCCAGGGCCAAAGGGUAUAGUUGGAGACAGAGGCCUACCAGGACCAACCGGCAUUAAAGGACUUCCAGGCAUUCCUGGAGAUCGAGGUCGCCCUGGACAAUUUGGACUUCCAGGUCCACAAGGGCCUGGUGGACGUGAUGGUCGUCCAGGGUUCCCAGGAAUUAAAGGCGAAAAGGGAUCUCCUGGUGUGAUUGGAUUUCCCGGCAUGCCUGGUUUGCCAGGAUCUCUGGGUGGCAUUGGAUUUAAAGGAAUCAGUGGGUUUCCUGGGAGAGAUGGCAUUCCUGGGCUGGAUGGAAUUAAAGGAGAAAAAGGCAGCAGAGGUGAACCCGGUCUUCCUGGUCGUAAUGUAACAGUCUCUUCAUCUGAGUUAUCGUUAUUGAGGGGAGAUGCAGGAGAGAAAGGAGAAAGUGGGCGUCCUGGCUUUCCCGGACCCAGAGGUGAUAAAGGUCUUUCUGGCCCUCCUGGCCCACCAGGCUUCCCUGGCCAGCCAGGUGCACCAGGAAGAGAGAAGGGCCGUCCUGGGGAGCCAGGGCGGCCUGGAGAUUUUGGAAGACCAGGAUUUCCUGGGCCAAAUGGAGAACCCGGGAUCAUUGGGUUUCCUGGGAUGCCUGGACCAAAGGGUGAUGAUGGAUUUCCUGGACCGCCCGGUUUCUCUGGCAGUCCGGGUCAACCAGGACCUAAAGGUGAAAGGGGGGAAUCUUUGGGACAGCCAGGUCGGCCAGGAAAUAAAGGAGAACCAGGAUCACCUGGAAUCCCAGGUUCAAGGGGAUUUGAUGGCCCUCCUGGAGAUGGUGGCCAAAUAGGAAACCCAGGAAAUCCAGGACAAAAAGGGUUAUUGGGAGACUUUGGUCGUCCAGGAUCACCAGGAGGUCCAGGUCUCAAUGGAUUUAGAGGGAACCCUGGAUUGGUAGGAACCCCUGGAUUACCAGGAGCACCUGGAUUCCCUGGAUCACCGGGUUCUCCAGGUGUUAAAGGAUUCCCUGGACUUCCAGGUCUGGAUGGACUGAAUGGUUUACCUGGCACCAGAGGAUCACCUGGAACACCUGGGCUUAGUGAAGCGGGACGACCAGGAUCCCCAGGACUUCCAGGGCCAAAAGGUGAAGCCGGGUCUGUCAGCAGAGUGCCUGGUCAACCUGGACUACCUGGGCCCAAAGGAUUACGUGGAGACACAGGUGGACCUGGCGCAGUAGGCUCUCCUGGUCUUCCUGGACCACCGGGCAUAACAUUUCCCUCCAACAUCCCUGGAAAACCUGGUGAUCCUGGUCCUCCUGGACGAGAUGGGGAGUCAGGAUUUUCUGGUGCUCCAGGCCCACGUGGACCCCCAGGUCCAGCGUCUGAUCAAGGUGAUACUGGAGACUCAGGGAUCCCUGGAAUGCCUGGAAGACCUGGCAUCAAAGGAGAUCCUGGAAUAAAUGGAAUUCCAGGAAGCCCUGGAGCCCCGGGAAUAAAAGGUUUGAGAGGGGACCCCGGCUUUAUUGGAAGUCCAGGGAAGGAAGGUCCUGUAGGAGAUGCUGGCCUUCCUGGUCCAAAGGGAGAAAAGGGCUAUCCAGGUACCCCAGGCAUCCCCGGACUUCCAGGUCCAGCACCAUUACCUGAUGAUGGCGGACAAGUCCCUAUUGGAUUGCCAGGUCUACCUGGAGUUAAUGGUUUUCCGGGUGGGGCUGGACAACAAGGGCAGUUGGGGCCUGUUGGCCCAGUAGGUGGCAAAGGUGGUCCUGGCAGACCUGGGCAGAUGGGAAAUAAAGGCUCACCAGGUACUCCUGGCAUUAUAGGCGACCCUGGCUUUGAUGGCAUCCCUGGGCUUCCUGGACUUGAAGGUCUCCCUGGAAAGCAGGGUUCCUAUGGUUUACCCGGCAUGCCUGGCCGAAGUGUUAAUGUCGGGUACACUCUAGUGAAGCACAGUCAAUCUGAGCAAGUUCCACCAUGUCCACUCGGAAUGGCCCGGCUGUGGGAGGGAUACAGCUUGUUAUAUGUAGAAGGGCAGGAGAAAGCUCACAAUCAAGACUUGGGCCUUGCUGGUUCCUGCUUGCCUCGGUUCAGCACCAUGCCAUUUAUUUACUGCAACAUCGAUGAAGUUUGCUAUUACGCCAGCAGAAAUGACAAGUCCUAUUGGCUCUCUACAACGGCUCCAAUUCCAAUGAUGCCAGUGAGCAGCACACAGAUCAGAAGCUACAUCAGCCGCUGUUCUGUAUGUGAGGCACCUUCUCAGGCAGUGGCUGUUCACAGUCAAGAUAACACCAUCCCACAGUGUCCAGACGGAUGGAGAAGUCUCUGGAUUGGAUAUUCUUUUCUCAUGCAUACUGCAGCAGGUGCUGAGGGUGGUGGACAAUCUUUGGUAUCACCAGGUUCCUGCCUUGAGGAUUUCAGGGCUACACCAUUCAUUGAAUGUAAUGGGGCACGAGGAAGCUGUCAUUAUUUUGCCAACAAGUACAGUUUCUGGCUAACCACCGUUGAAGAAACAAAGCAGUUUGCUGGUGCACCCCAGUCGGAAACCCUGAAAUCUGGGCAGCUCCGAACACGUGUGAGCCGUUGUCAAGUGUGCAUGAAGAACUUGUAGCACAGCUGACUAAGCAGAAACUCUUUUACUUCCAUCCUCACAGAAAAGGUGGAAGUUAGCUUGUGAGAUCAACAUAUCUAUGCCUCUGAGUUUGGGGGGGAAAAGCAUCAUCCGAUGAAAUAAUAUCUGCUGUAACCUCAUCAGUAAAGUAUAAAUUGAUGAGUGACAUAGCACCGUACAAUGAAGUAUGGACCUUCUCAUUUUUGGAACCUGAAUAUAUUUUACAAAGAAUGGUGCUAAGCUUUUUUUUUGUCUUUUUGAUGUUUUACUCAUGGCUACCUCAGAAAGGCCUCCCAUAAAUUCCUAACUGUGGUGCUAGCUACUCCCUCUUGCCUACAAAUAACAUCUCUGCAUUCUACAAUUCUUUUAUCAAGGGUGAUCUUGGAAGUCCUAUCACACCCUACCUAGGCAAUUACCAGGAACAUCUGGAUAUUAGUGUGGAUACCUUUUUUAAAGCCAGAUUAACACAUUGCAAGGUGUAAAGAAGCACAGAACAUUUUGAAAACCCAAGUACACAAGGUCAAAAA